AUGGCGGGACCGGGGCGUGCGGGGAGGAGGGCGGGCACCGGGGACGCGGUGCCGGUGCGUUGGUGCAGCGGGCCGGGAAUUGCUGGGGUGCGGGCCCGGGCACGCAGCGGGCCGGGCCACCGCAAAGCCACGACGGGCCACCCAGAGUGUCGCGGUUUCCUGAUCUCCAAGUGCUGCUUCCCUAUCCUCAAAGCCAAGACUGGAAAAGCCAAGCGGGUCCGGACUAUCUUCACCAGUGAUCAGCUGGCCCGGCUGGAGAAGGAGUUUGCACGGCAGCAGUACAUGGUGGGCACAGAGAGGUGCCUGCUUGCCUCCUCCCUGCACCUUACUGAAGAGCAGGUGAAAGUCUGGUUCCAAAACCGGAGGAUCAAGUGGAGGAAACAAAGCCUGGAGCAGCAGCAAGCCAAACUGGCCAAAAUGGGUGGCCACCCCACAGAGGAGCCCCGAUUCCCAGAGCCACCACGACGAGGAGGACAAGGACUUCCCAGAGGAGCUAGAUGA